ACUCGAGUCCAUCUCAUCUUAUCUCUUCACUGUCUCCGUAAUUAAAUUUUUUCAAACGUUGCGUGCGGGAACUCAAAGCCCCAUCUCCCAUUUAUCCCCCAGUCACCAUUAAAGCCAACACCACAAGCAAUUAAUUCAAUUCCAUAACAAUAUUUUAGUAUUUCCCAUUUCAAAGUUUUCCCCUGGUUAUGGUCUAUACGGUCUUCAAGAUCGCCGGAUGAGAUCCGAAUGCAACACGCAAUUUUGGGGGCCAGCAAGCACGGGGUCUUGUCCACCUCUCUGCUCUCUUGUUCUUGUUUACCUCAUUUCUAGAAAAUAAUAAUCCAAUUAUUGAGGCUUGGAAGGGAUUGAUUGAUUAAACGAGCACGUGGGCUUGAAAUCUCAUCUGGGUAUUCCCCUUUCUGGUCAGUUUUUGCUCCGUAAAUUCUGUAUCGGGUUGUUUGUUUCAUUGAUGGCAAGUGUGAUCUUGUUUGGGAACCUGGAAAGGGUUUUGUUUUGUUUAGCUGAUUUUGCGUUGUUGGGGAGUGGGGACUGUUUGCUUCAAUUUUGAUAAUGGGAUAGGUCAUUGAUGGACAUUGAGAAGAAAAAGUGAUAGAAAAUAACAUUGAUCUAUAUAUAUAUAUAUAUAUAUAUAAAUAAAUAAAUAAAUAUAUAUAUAUAUAUAUAUAUAGAGAGAGAGAGAGAGAGAGAGAGAGAGAGAGAGAGAGAGAUGGCACCUGGAGGCAGCAUCUGCAAUGAAGUUGGGAGCUUUUCAUUUACAGACACUGAUAUUGGAACUACAAAUGUUGAGUUGAGAAGUUCUCCUUUCAGAAAAUCUCCUGGCAGUUUUAGUGGGAAGCUUGGAAUGUCUUCCACUAAUGGUGUUUAUGAGCUGCUUGAGUGCCCUGUUUGCAUGGAUCUAAUGUGUCCUCCCAUUCACCAGUGUCCAAAUGGCCACACUUUGUGUUCAAACUGCAAAGCUAGAGUACACAAUUGCUGCCCAACCUGCCGCUAUGAACUUGGGAAUAUAAGGUGUUUGGUCCUGGAGAAAGUUGUGGAAUCAUUAGAACUCCCAUGCAGAUACCAUGUUUUGGGUUGUAGUGAUAUAUUCCCGUAUCACAACAAGCUCAGGCAUGAACAGAGUUGCAGGUUUCGACCAUACAACUGCCCUUAUGCUGGAGCAGAGUGCCCUGUCGCUGGUGGUAUUCAGUUCCUUGUUGCACAUCUCAAGGAUGAUCAUAAGGUCGACAUGCACGAUGGGUGUACUUUCAACCAUCGCUAUGUCAAAUCAAAUCCCCAAGAAGUCGAGAAUGCGACGUGGAUGCUCACUAUUUUCAACUGUUUCGGUCGGCAGUUCUGCUUGCACUUUGAGGCUUUCCACCUAGGGAUGGCACCAGUUUACAUGGCUUUCCUGCGAUUCAUGGGCGACGACGAUGAAGCCAAAAAUUUCAGUUACAGUCUGGAAGUUGGUGGAAAUGGAAGAAAGCUAAUAUGGCAAGGAGUCCCGAGGAGCAUUCGCGAUAGCCACCGUAAGGUACGGGACAGUCUUGAUGGAUUAAUCAUCCAGAGGAAGUUGGCGCUCUUCUUUUCAGGCGGGGAUAGGCAGGAGCUGAAGCUGAAGGUGUCUGGUCGGAUAUGGAGGGAGCAGUGAGAUAAAAGCUAUGAACUAGAGAUCUUGUAAUAGCAUGCUUUAUUUUCUUUUUGUUCCUCUCCUUUUCUUGGGUUCUAGUUAGAAGCUUAAGUAGAGGCGGUUCAUGUAUUUAUCUGUAAAUUGGUAGGUAUAUAUAUGUAUUGGUUGGUGAUUUAAGGGAUCAAUUCCUGAUCUAUGGAACUUAUGAUGUCCUCAAUUCAUAGUUGAUUGUGUUUCUCGUCGUA